UUUUUUGUGUCGGACCGGAAGCACAGGCCAGAGAGUGUUGGACUCGCGGGAAAAAUGGCGGAAAUGUGUCCUCUCUCUACGUUAACAACAUCAUCGAUUCAAAAUAUUGUAUUAUAAACCUAAUGUUGGGGUUGUUCUACAUGCGUGAGUCACAGCUGUGUCUUCAUUCUCUGCUUUUAGAGAGGAGUCCAAGAUGCAACAAGAUUCAACACACGUUUCCUCUUCUGGCCACAUGACAGAAAAUCCAGUUAUCUCUCAAGAAUCCACAACCAAGGCUGUCCAAUGUAGUCACUGUACUCUCCACUUUAAAUCCAAGGUCUAUCUUUUUGAACACCUCAAACAUUUGCAUGGUUAUGAUGUAGAAGGUGCUCUUAGAGAGGCUGGUUUAAAAAACCCAGAGACAAACAAGGCAAAUGUAGACUACAAUUCCACAAAUACAGAAGAUGGUUUUGAAUGCCAGCAGUGUGAUUUUAAAACUUUAAGUCGGGACGUUUUGAAUAAUCAUGCGAAACACUGUCAAACGAAGCCAGAAGAUCAGAAACUGAUUGGAAAUGUAAUCAUCUCUGAAAACCCGGGUGCCGAGAUAUCUGGUGUCUCAAAGAAACAGCAUGGUGAUGGUGCAGUAGGAGCAACUGAGAUUCCCCACUGUCUUUCAGUUAUGUCUCACUCAAAAUCGAAAUCCACGCUUGAUACAUCAAAGGAUCGGAAGACAUACAAGAGGCCGUUGCAAACCAUUACCAAGUACCUUGUGGCAGCAUCAGGAUCAAAUGGGAAAACCACAGUGAAGUUAGCUGAUAGCGCAACGCUUCCAGAUAGCACCAAAACAACCAUUAUUUUGCAAGAAUCUCCCUCAAGCUCCUGUCCAAACAGCAGUGGUGUGUUUAAAUUAAAUGCAAAGUCCAUCAUUGACCUAACCCAUGUUUCUCAAAAGUUUUUGAUCAAUGACCACUUUUUAAAUACUGACCUGAGACUACCAAAGCCCAAGGAUCAAUCAAGAGACGUGGUUCCUGACAAGGGUGGCCAGAGGACCAACAAUGACAGAUCAAAAAGUCCUCCUGCUAAAAAAGCAAACGCAGACAAAGAAAUGGCAAAGCUACCCGAGGAAGCAAAAGCAAGUAAACAAAAAUCAUCAAUCAAUACAGAGUUUUCAUUUGAUGUGAGCGAAGACGAAGGAGAAAAGAAACUUCAGUGUGUCAAUGGAGACACAGAAACAUUGCAGGUUUAUUUUUGUAAACACUGUGAAUACAGGGAUGUGGGCAUCACACAUCUGUCUACCCAUUAUCAAAACAACCACCCUUAUGUAAGAUACAAUGGUGCUUACAUAAGUAAUCCAAGUGAUGAGAGUGCUACCUUUCGCUGUCUGCACUGUCCAGUUGAGUUUUUGAGUGUAGCUAACCUCAAGAAACACUACACUGAAAAUCAUCCAGAGGCCCCAAAUGUCUUCAAAAUGCAAUUAGGUGAACUCAGUUUGGUGUUCAAAUGUUUUGUGUGUCUGUAUACGACCAACAUUUUGGAGUCUUUGAUAAAACAUUACAAGGAAAAUCACCCUACACAUCGAUUGGACAAUUCCUUGAUGUACUGCAGAUACUCAUCCACUGGGUGCCAAGAGGGAUCAUAUCAGUCAAAUGCAAUUGAUAAAGCACCCAGUCCAGGAAGAGAAGAAGAGAUUCGUCCUGAGAGUGCCUGUAAACCUAGUAAGGAAGUAAAAAAUGCACCUUCAACCCAACAUCCCACCCUUAACAGAGCUGAGGUGGUCCUGUAUCAUUGCAACAUCUGCAAGUUUAGUCAUAAGUCUGUUGUUGUUAUGCAUGUCCACUACCAAAAAAGCCACCCAGGUGAAGAAGUCUCAUUAGACAAAAUCAAACAGUCAGCUCGUGUCACUUGGCCUACUACAUCACAGAUGGCGCCAGAUAAGUCUCCAAACCCUCUGACAAUAACAGAAAAGGCUGCGCCUCAACCCAACAUCUCAGAUUCUUCAAAGCAAACAAAAAACAAAACUGACCCCUUGCAGCAUAAGCAGCUUACAGAUGCUUGUAAGACUCAUUUAGAGUCUCCCGAAGUUGGGAAACAGGAAUCUGCGGAAGACACAAGGAAAAGAUCGGCCACUAAACGCUACAGGGAAAUGGACAGUUUAUCCUGCAGUUCACCAAACAAACUGUUCUACUGUCAGUUUUGCUGUUAUUCAAGUACCAACAUUAAAAGCGUUGUUGGUCAUCAUAACGCCAAACACUCUCUGCAAGCACUAACAUGCAUUGAAGAGAUCCUAAUUUAUAGUGAUGCAGUGCGGAAAAAGAAAUUUCCAAGUGGAGCUGGGUCUCCAGGAAGUACUAAAUCCUCUAAAACCAAAACCUGUCAACAAGUUGAGGUAAACAGUGGAACAGUUCAACAUAUAGAGUAUGACGAAGCAGGAAAUGCUUAUGCUUGUGCAGAACAUUUGUUUUACUGCCAAAAGUGUAACUAUGGAAAUCCAUCUGUAAAAGGAGUAGCAAACCAUCAAAACCGACUUCACAGAGGCCUAAAUUACAACAGAGAAUGUAUUCUUCAACAUACAGCUUUGAUUCGGGAUGAAAUUGAAAAAUCUAAAUCUCAAGCUAAGGAGUUCUCAUUCUCCACGGGUCUACCACUCCCCAUCAUGAAAGAGGGCGAUGAAAAUAUGUUUUUCUGCCACUAUUGUAACUAUAGACAGCGAACUGUGCAUGGAGUACUGAAGCAUUACCUCAGAAAACAUAGUGGAUUUGGGAUUACGGGCCAACAGGUUCAGCUGUAUUCCUCUAUGGUUUGUGAAAAGGCACAGAAAUCACACCUAAAAGCAAAUGCAAGCCAAGAAGUCAAUCUUGCAGAGGUAAAGAAAAACACAAAAAUGAUUUGCAAAUCUGUGUCAUUUUCAUCACCGGCCUCACAGACCCAGAAGACCCUUCAGUGCCAUAGAUGCCCAUACACAACUCAAUAUGUGUGUGUUUUGAAGAAGCAUAUAUGGAAAAUCCACAGGAAAAAGUGCACAGUCUCAAAUGUUUUAAGGUUGUGUUACGAACAAGGAAGUCUACAGACAGGGUAUCACUGUGACAUGUGUGUUUUUUCUCAUAAAAACGCGGCAGCAGUCUAUGAACACUUCAAGGAGCAACACCCAGGGUGUAAACGAAGCCUUGAGUAUGUGACUAAUCGAUUAUUUGUUGGUCCCAAAAAAGAACCUCAAAGGAAAAAACCUCAAGAGAAGUGCAAUGAUGGUAUUUCUGAAGGUAAUGACAGUGUACCAUCACAAAGCUCUGGACGCAAUGAAACAUUUUCAUGUAGAGCAUGUUCAUUCAAGGGUGACUCAUUGUUAGUCAUCGCACAGCACUACCGCGAGGUUCAUCCGUGGUCAGUAAAAGAAGACGGCUCUGUCAUGGAUGCUGCCAAAAGCAAGAGACAAAGUGCAAACAGGCAGACGGAAGACGACAAUGAACUGCCUGGGAUAAUAGAAUCCUACCAAAUGCCUCUGGAAUUCGACAUGACACUUGUUUCACCCCCUGAGGCAACAGCAUCAUCCGAAGUGCUAAGGUGCCCUUUCUGCCCUGCAAAGUUUAACAAACCGCACGGUCUAAGCGUUCACUGUGGAAUGAAACACUAUGAGGCUGCGAAUGAACAGCAAAAAGAAAAGCAAGAGGAAAAGCAAGACCAAAGCCAAACACACAUGCCUGUCUACAAGUGUCCACAUUGUACCUACGUCAAUACCAGUUAUAAAGGAAUUCAAACUCACUUCCAGAUGAGGCAUCCUACCCUCAAGGCCAGGGCUGACAGAUCUUUACAAAUAGAUAAAGCACAUUUAGCCAAGUGGGAAAACUGUUUGAAAUUAAAUGCUCCUGGUCAUCCUGGCAAUUGGAAAAUUGGGGGCUACAUGUGUAAAACCUGCCCCCAUAUCUGUUCAACAGUGGAUAAGCUGAAAAGGCACUGCAAGAGGGAGCAUACUGAGACUGAAGAAAACCUGCCUAAACCCCCAGCUAUUAGUAAAAGGAAACUGUAUAAGACUCUGGCCAUUCGGCUACCACAGAUCUCCUUUUUAAGUAAGAAAAAGUAUGCCGUGGUAAAGUGCCAGUACUGCACUUACAGUAGCAGCACAAAAAUAGCUGUUGAUCGACACGUGCGUGUUCACCACAAGAAGUUUUCAGCUUUAAAGGUUCAGGAUAGUGUAUACAAGUGCGAACUGUGUACCAUUUCCUACUUCACAAAACAACGUCUUGGAAGCCAUUAUAUCAACAAACAUGGAAGACACAGCUACUUAAAAUACUAUGCCCCAGUUUACAAGAAGGGCCUCAAGAAGCCAGAGCCUCAUCAAUCAGAAAACACUCAUGAGGCAUGUGAAUCCAGCACAAUUGGGGAAAACCAGAAAUUGAUCUACAGGUGUCCAACUUGCCCCUAUGUGAAUUCAAGUUACCAUGGCACUCUCACUCACUGCCAAAUGAGGCAUCCAAACAUCAUUGCCAGGGCAGACACACUUCCAACAGAUGUAGUAGUUGCUACCAACAUGGUAGGGCAUAUGGUUGGAAGAGAUUCAAAUGUGAAAGGUUACCUAUGUAAGGAGUGCCCAUUAAUUUAUGCAUCAAUGAAAAAACUGAAAAUGCACUGUGCGACUGAGCACGAUGGUGCGGAGCCAACAACUUCUGAACAUUUGGCUAAAAAGCAACCUGAUCAAGGAACUCAUGUCUCAGUGUGGACGACUUUACAAAGUAAUACACAUGAAGUAAGUGCCACAGAAAUGGGCUCCGAAGGCCAGUUGAACACUGAGGAGACUUAUCAGUCAGUACAGAACCAGCAAAACUUAUACAAGUGCCACAUGUGUUCCUACGAAGCACUCUAUCGAAGAUACCUGCAAACUCACUAUAAAAACACUCACAAAUGUGAUCCACUUACCACACACAAGCUGCUAGAGAAAUAUAAUUACUGUUCAGUGAACAAUGCCGGCAAACUCCCUGAAGCUGAAUCUGAAGAAGGUUCCCCAAUCGAAUGUAAGAAGUGUCCAGAGCUGAUGUUUUCCUCACCUCAGCUGCUUCUUGCCCACUAUGAUACAUUUCAUAGCUCAGAUUGCAAAGACUUCAUUGUGCUAUCACGAGGAACAAAGAAGGGCAGCACAGGUCUUUAUAGGUGUGUGCACUGCAACAAACUGAUGAAUGGAACUAGGAAGCUGUGGUACCACCUGGAUUGUCACAGAGAGAAGGAAAAACAGAGGGCAGAGGCUUCAAAGAAAACGGCAUCACCUGUAACUACGACAACACCAGAGGCAAAAUCCUUCCAACUUGGUGGGCAAGAUAAUCUUCUCAUGUUGGAAACUGUGGAGGAUCCGGCCCAGUGGAACGUGACGCCAGUAAAGACCUUGAAUUUGCCACAGAUAUCUCUGUUGCCAUCUCCAAACCUGGCUGAUGUAGAGCUGCCACAGCAGGAGUCCAGUGAACACACCUGCAAACAGUGUCGGCGGACUUUCAUGUCACUGAAAGGUUUGCGUUCGCAUGAGCGCAGCCAUGCAGCUGUGGCAGCCAUCAGGAAGCUGGAUAAUCUGCCUACAUCAGUAUUAAAACACAGCAUCAACAAAUACGUUCAGUUCAAAGCUGGGACCCUGAGGCCUUUCCUCUGUAGCAUCUGUUCCUAUCGGACAACGGUCAUGGGCCUGUGGAGGAGUCAUUUCAUCAAAAUACAUAAAGAUGUCAUACUGGAUUCUGAUGAGAGUGACAAAGAAGAAGAGGAGAGCGCUCAGAGGACUGGCAAAGAGCCCUUAAGUUCAUCAGAGGAAUUGAACUAUUGGCCUGAAAUUGAUGAAAAACCUGAAAUUACUAAAAAAUCGCUUUACUUGGAGCCCCCAGAUGUGCAGCGGCAGUUGAACCACUAUAGCUUAAUGGCAAAGACUGACGGCUGGUCCACAACACAUAAGCAAGAAGCCAUACCGGACAAUAGUCUUUUUCACUGUGAGUUCUGCAAUUUCAACACUGAACACCGGUCUAGUAUACGACGUCACUACGUAAAUCGCCAUGGAAAGAAGAUCUUCAGGUGUAAGGACUGCGAGUUCUUCACUGGUGUAAAGAAAACGUUUGAGAUGCACAUGGAGAGGGGUCACUCUACAUGCGAAUCACAACCUACUCAUGACAAAGACCUGUGCUGCCCUUUCUGCCUAUACCAGACCAAGAAUAAGAAUAACAUGAUCGAUCACAUCAUCUUGCAUCGUGAGGAACGUGUUGUGCCAAUUGAGGUGCGUCGCUCAAGGCUGUCUCGUUGCCUUCAAGGCAUCGUCUUCCGCUGUCAUAAAUGCACUUUCACUAGUGGAAGUGCUGAAAACUUGCAUCUGCACAUGACGAGGCACGAUGACAUCAAACCCUACAAGUGUCGGCUUUGCUACUUUGACUGCACUCAUCUGAGCGACCUGGAGGCGCACCUGAGGGAUAAGCAUCAGGUUUUGAGGAACCAUGAGCUUGUGGGUCAGGUCAGCCUCGAUCAGCUACAGGCAAGGGUUGGUAAGAUGACAGAGCAGGAACAAGAACCUUCGUCUAACUUGGAGCAUCAGAGCAAUGAAAGCGAAGAUGCAGAAACAGAUGAGUUUUUAACUGGCAGUAAUGAAGGUCCGCAUAAGACACAAGCUAAGGAACUGGCAGAAAAUGAGGAGAGGGAAGAAGUGGAACUACAGUCCGAGGCAGUUGUGUUGUUUCCGGCCCAACCGGUACCUGGAGAUGUUGAAGACAACUGCACAAUGUUCAUGCAACUAAAAGAGCUGGAGACACAGGGGAGCUCAACAAAUUAUGCAACAACCCAGGAGUCACAUAAUGAGGCUCCACAGGAGAAAGCAUUUGGAUCUACCUGUAUGAAGGCUGAUCGGAAUAGUACGACAAAGGCAGCGGAGAACAUUGAGACCGAGGAUGUUGAUAAUGCUCCAAGAGAGACUGUAUUGCUGGGUGAAAAGGGUGGCAAAUCUCUUGCACAUCAAAUUAAUGCAGAGGCCAUUUCACCCCUUUGUACGGUGUCGCCAAAGUGUGAACAGCUCAACAGAAGCGAUAAGGAAAGUUUAGAUGUCACUUUGACAAACUACAAAGAUCCACAAGUGCACAAAAACAUUGUGGAGAUGAGAGACCCUUAUGGGGACAUGCCAGUUCUUGAGAAGGAAUAUCACAAAGAACAAAUGCAGCCUCUUGGUUGUUACAAGGCGAAAGAUCAGAGUGACCAUCUGCAGCAAAAGCUGGACAAAAAAGAUGACACGAUCACUGAUGAAGAGAACCGAUGCGAGGAUGAGAAACAUGAGCAGGGUGACAGAAGGACCAAAGAUGCUCUCACAGUCACAGAGGGAGAUGCGGACAUCCUGUGCCCAGCAGCUACAGAGGAGCAACCGUUUACCUGCCAGUUGUGUGGACGAAACCUCAUGAACAGCUCUGAGCUGCAGCGUCACAUCAUUCGACAUGGAAUAUAACGUUUUUAGUUUCAUCGGUAGCGAGAGGCUUCCACACUUGAUUUUUUUCCAUGAGAAUCUAGAUUUAUGUUUCCAUUUUCCGUCCUCUACUGUUACUGUAACCUGUAAAUCUGUAUAACCAGGUAACAAAAUGUUUGAUAGAUUUUAACCCUUUUUAUGAUUUUUGGUACAGCUGGAUGCGUAGGAAUUACAAUUUGGGUGAUUACGCAAAUAAAACUUUGGAACUAAGAUGGUGGCUGUAUAAAUUGUGAGACUUUGUCAAUAAGAUGUUUUUUUUGUUUAAAUACAUUAAUGGAUGUGUAUGAAUAACUUGUGCGAGUUUGCUUGUUUAUUUUUUCUUUAUUCCUGCAGUUAUUGUUAAUGAAUAUGAUAACCAUUUUAUACUGUAAAACACGCAAAACUAUUUACACUGUGAACUUUUGUUACAUAUGGAACAUUUACGUUCAAUAUGAAGAACUGCUAGACCAACCUCAAAACCAUUGAUUGUGAAAAUGCUGGUUCUGCCUUCAUGUGCUGUUGGGUAUUUGAUACCAGGGAAGGUGUUCUUAUCUGUCAGGCAGCUUAAUUUCAUUCAGCAUCAAUAAAAAACACAGCUGGAAUAUAACUGCAUUUCCUCCAAACUGUACUUAAGAAUUUUUUUUUAAUUCAAUGCAACUUUAUACAUUUACGCUGUAAUGGCAAAUAUUGCAUGUUCACUACAUUUGUCUGACAGCUUUAGUUAUCUUCCAGAUUACUAUUAUUUCCUGUACAGCGAUAGCCAUGUUGAUCCAGAUGUAUUGAUUUUGAAUGUGUGUGAUUAACAGAAUUAUUCAUUGUUACAUUGUGUUGUGAUAAUUUUACUUCUUAUACUAAAUAAACUUUUUCAAAAA